UUUAGCUUUAGAAAGUGCAUUAUUGAAAGAAAAUGAUGUGUAGUGUAGUGCAAGUUGAAUGGGCCAAAAUGGGCAAAAUUGGCAGAAUUUUUUUGGGCGUGAAUAAGACGUAUCGGAUGCAAAACUUCAGCACCAAACAAAGUUACUAUCAUAGAACAAGCGACUUUCCAUUGAAACCAGUGACUUUGGGGCAGCUUGCCGAAAUAGCCAGUUAUAAAUAUGGAGAUAGACCUGCAAUUAUAUCCUGCCAUCAGAAGAAACAAGUAACUUUCGGAGAAGUAUUGGAAGAGGCCGACAGAUUAGCAGCUGGUUUUGCCAAUUUAGGACUGCAACGUGGAGAUAAAAUUGGUUUGUGGGCACCGAAUUUGGUUGAAUGGUAUUUGGCUUACGUCGCUUGCGCUAGAGGAGGAUUUGUAGCGGUUUUGAUGAACCCUUUUUACCAACCUCAGGAAGUCGAGCAGAUGAUUAAAAAAGUUGGCAUCAAAAGUUUGAUUUGCGGAGAUACGUUCAGAAAACAAAAUUAUUACAAUAUACUUAACGAAGUUUGUCCAGAAAUUGCCCAUUGCAAACCAGGAAAGAUAUCUAGUCAGAAAGUUCCUAGUCUACAACACGUCGUCAUGAUAACCGAUGAUAGCAAAAAGGGUACAUUUAAAUAUAGUGAUAUAUUAGAUUUAGCUGAUGAAGACAGUAUUAAAAUGGUGAAAAAAAAUCAAAACAAAAUAAAUAUGGAUGAUCCAUGUAAUAUCCAAUUUACAUCUGGUACGACAGGAAACCCCAAGGCACCAGUUCAGAGUCAUUUUAACAUUGUUAACUGUGGAUAUUUCUGUGGAAUGUCUGUCGGACUACACAAGAAGCAUCAAAAAAUAUGUAUGCAGAAUCCAUUUUUUCAUGUUUUCGGUACAGUUGUGGCUAUCAGUAGCAGUAUAAACCAUGGGAGUACAAUAGUGUUACCUUCCGAUGGAUACGAUCCAGAAAAAAAUUUGACAGCUAUCGUUGAAGAAGAGUGUAAUGUUAUUUUUGGAACGCCGACAAUGUAUGUGGAUCUAGUAGCAGUGCAGAAAAAGAGAAAUGAAAAAAAUAUUAAAGUAGAAAUUGCACUAUCUGGUGGUGCGUUAUGCCCUCCUGCAUUGUUUAGAGACAUGAUGGAUGUAAUUAAAGUGAAGAAAGUGAUGUCUGUAUACGGCUUGACGGAAAUUACAGCAGCAGUAUUCUUUUCCACGGAAAACGACUCAGAAUAUCAAGAACUAAAUACAGUAGGAAAAUUGCAAGAGCAUGUAGAAGUCAAAGUUGUUGACACAGAUGGCCACAUUGUACCUUAUGGUGUUCCAGGAGAGCUCCACGUUCGGGGUUUUUCUACUAUGCUAGGUUAUUACAAGGACAAAACGAAAACUAACGAAAUGAUAGAUUCAAAUGGUUGGGUGCAUACAGGCGACCAAUUUAUAUUAACAGAAGAUGGAUAUGGUCAAGUUGUGGGAAGAUUAAAAGAUGUAAUAAUUAAGGGAGGAGAAAACAUAUACCCUAAAGAAAUAGAAGAACAUUUGCUUACGCAUCCUGACAUUUUGAUUGCAUACGUAGUUGGUCUUCCUCACGAACGAUUAGGUGAAGAAGUAUGUGCUUGUAUUAAAACUAGAGACGGUAUUCAACUUACUGUCGAAGAGAUACGUCAGUAUUGCAGAGACAAAAUAUUCAAUUUUGGUAUUCCUAGUGUGGUCGAAAUAAUGGAUUCCUUCCCCACCACGGUGUCAGGAAAAGUACAAAAACAUAAAAUUGUUGAAAAUCUAGUUAGGAAUAAACUUCAAAAAUAACGUUUCUCAUAUUUUUAUUUUUUCGUUUUUACUUAAGUUAAGUCCAUCGUAUGGAGGGUAGAAAAAAAGGAGGACAAUCUUAUAUGGAUCUUUAUAUUAAAAAGUGGCCACCAAAAUGUAUACAAUUAAGAUGGCGCUCGUGUAGCCAGGGGACAAAAUCCAAUGCUAUAUAGUCAUAUAGAUUGCUCAUUCAUAAGAAUUAUUUAUUGUUUAUAUUAUUAUUUUUCAAUAAAAUUUGACUAUUGUCGUGUAUUGUCAAAAUUUAUCUACGAUCACAAAACACUUACUCUUCUACGACCAGUCACUUUUCACGGUGUAGUUUUUAGUUUUUUAUGGUUGAGCAAUAUUUAUUACUAUAUACAUCAUUGCUGUCAUUGUGUGAUCUGAAUUAUCGACUGUCGACGUCCCCUGGGCACAGAAGCGCCAUCUUAAUUGUAUACAUUUUGAGGGACACUUUUUGUAUACAGAGAUUAUUCUCCUUUCCUCUACCCUCCAUAG